GCCCAGUCCGCCUUCGCCACUUCCCCAUAGAGGGGAAAGCGGAAGGAAGUGCCUGCGAGACUCUCGCGACGGACCUUCCGUCUCAUUCAUCUCUAUGGUUUUUCGUUGACGUCACAGGAGGCGUCGCCGUGGGUUGCCGGUAUGCUUUACGGCAGAACCGGAGGGCGGGGAAGGGAAACCGCUUCACGGCAGAGUGGCGGAAGCGCAGGGAAGGGUAGUUUUGCUUGACGGCCGCCGUGGAAUGAGCCUCUCCGACCUGUUCCGGGGUUUCUUCGGUUUCCGCGGGGAGCACAGACCCCGAGAUCCCUUCUUUGGGGGGAUCACCCGGGAUGACGACGAGGAUGACGAUGAGGAAGACGACGGAGGCCCUUUCUUCGGGGCCAGGCCCUCCGAUGACUUCGGCUUCGGCUUCACUUUCGGCCCCGGGGGGAUGCGCUUCCACGACAACUUUGGCUUUGACCAGCUCUUCCAGGAUUUUAACAACCUGUUCAACGAGAUGGGAUCCUGGACUCUGCCUCCGCAACCCUUCGAGUUCCCUGGCGUAGAGGCGCCACCACCUGCCAGCCGCUCCCACGAAAAGAGGCAAACGCUGCGGGACUCGAUGCUCAAAUACCCAGACAGCCACAGGCCCGAACGAGCACUGGAGGGUGAUUUGGGUCCCACGAUCCCAGAGAGGCGGCCUUGGCACCCGUUCCAGGGGCUGGAAGACAGGCCGGCCCCCACCGACCCACAAGACACACCUAAGGAGGACAGAGAUCUGGACUCGCGCGUCACCUCUGAGGGACUGGAGACAAUUCUCCCGCCAGCUCAGCCUCGGUCUUAUUUCAAGAGCAUCUCGGUCACAAAAGUGGUGGCCCCGGAUGGGACCAUGGAAGAACGCCGGACGGUCCGGGACAGCCAUGGCCAUGAAGAGACCGUUGUCACCCGGCAGGGCAGGGGGGAGCCGUACCAAGGUCUUGAAGGAGGCCAGCAAGGCGGGUCAGGUGACUUGGCCCGCCCAGGAGAAAACAUGGACGACUCCUCUUCCAUCUUGAAUGCUUUCUUCCGCCGCUGGUUCCAGGGUCGGUAGUUCAUCCUGGUUUGCACGGAGUUUCCACGCAGGAGAUAAACUGUAGCUGUGCCUCCCUGCCCCUUCUUAGAGGUCACUCGCUUCCUACCCUUCCGUGUGCUGGGGAAGACCUCACAGCCCAAAAGGAUAUAAUAAAGUCUCUAUUUAUGCUU